UAGUGGCUGUGCCACCCCCAGCGAAGGACGCUGCCAGGGGCCGGCACAGGUACCAGGCUCUGAAGGUCCUCAGGAUGCAUUGGCAUCAUGUUUUCUGCUGUCUGGGUCAGCCAUAGGCCUGCAUGCAGGACUGGCAGAGAUUGCCCUGAAGGGGCCUCACACCAGAGACGGGUUAAGAAGAGGGAUUGGAGGUCCACCGCUCCACCCAGCCCAGGAAGGACUUACCUUUCACCUCAGCCAGACCUCACCCCAAUUCUGUGAAUCAGCGGAGGAAGGCAAAGCUGCAGAGACUCAGAGGAGGCUGCGUGAGGAGCAGACAGCGGGGCUCACACAGGUGGCCCCAGCCCAGUCCCUGGCCCGGGCCCAGGGGCCUGCAUCGCGGAGGAGGAGCAGCACCAUGCUGGGGCCUCACCUCCCACCUCCUCCCCUUGCGCCCAGCGAAGGGAGGCUGACCCCCUGCGCCUUCCAGAUCCCUGAUGGAAGCUACAGGUGUCUGGCUCUGGAAGCCGAAGAGAGCAGCGGUGAGGAGGGCCUGCAGGGAGAGGCAGGGCCCACUGACCAGGGAGAGGAUGACGGGGUCAGCAGGAGUGAGGACAACUCUGCCUGCAGAGUCACACGGGGGACACCACAGCUGCCCACAGCCCCGGGUCUCCAACCAUCCAGCUGCUCCAGAGAGGAGCAAACGGCGUCCCAGCAUGAUGGCAGGGCCAGCCAGGACUGGGAUGCAGUGAAGGUCCGGCAGGUGAUGACAGUCAGCCCCAACCCUGGCCCUGGGCCCAGAGCGGCCCAGAAACCAGCGUUGGGCCGGAGCACUAGCCUCACGGAGAAGGAUCUGAAAGAGGCCAAGGUGCGGAGCCAGCAGAUCGCAGCCCAGCUGACCACCCGCCCCAGCUCCAAUUCCCGCGGUGUCCAGCUCUUCAACAGGCGCCGGCAGAGGGUGAACGAGUUCACUUUGGAGAGCCACGGCCAGAGGGGACAGAAGCCCAGCCAGAAGUCCCUCAGGGUGCUCCCUGCAAGCCCCCCAGGUCAUGCCCCAGGGCUCAGCCUGAGUUCCACCUCGCUGCCGGAGCCAGGCCCUCCACAGCACCCCAGUCCCCAGAGCCCCGACAGAGGGGUACCUGGCCACAGCAUGGAGGGCUACUCAGAGGAGGAUAGCUUGCUCCGGCACCUGGAGAAGGUGGCCAGUGAGGAGGAAGAAGUGCCACUGGUGGUUUAUCUAAAGGAGAAUGCGGCACUGCUGACGGCCAAUGGGCUCCACCUGUCCCAAAACCGAGAGGCCCAGCAGUCCUCACCGGCCCCACCUCCAGCGGAGGCCCACAGCCCGGCUGCAGAUGUCAACCAAAACCUCGCCUCGCCCAGUGCCACGCUAACCACAGCCGCUUCUAACAGCAGCCACAACCCGCCAGCCACCGAUGUCAAUCAGAACCCCCCGGCAACUGCCGUCCCACAGAGCCUGCCACUUUCUGGCAUCCAGCAGAAUUCCUCAGAGGCCCAGCUCCCAUCCAAUGGCACGGUGCCUGCUUCCAAACCCAGCACCUUGUGUGCUGACGGGCAACCCCAGGCACCGGCCGAGGAGGUGAGAUGCAGCACGCUCCUAAUUGACAAGGUGUCGACUCCAGCUCCUGCCACGAGCACCUUCUCCAGAGAAGCUACGCUCAUCCCCAGCUCCAGGCCCCCAGCCUCAGAUUUCAUGUCCAGCUCCCUGCUCAUCGACAUCCAGCCCAACACCCUAGUGGUGUCAGCAGAUCAAGAGAUGUCUGGGCGAGCAGCUGCCACCACACCCACCAAGGUAUACAGUGAGGUCCACUUCACACUGGCCAAGCCCCCAUCAGUGGUCAACAGGACGGCCAGGCCUUUUGGGAUCCAGGCGCCAGGGGGCACCAGCCAGAUGGAGAGGAGCCCCAUGCUAGAGAGACGACAUUUUGGGGAGAAGGCCCCGGCUCCCCAGCCCCCAAGUAUGCCAGACAGGAGCCCCCGGCCACAGAGACAUAUCAUGUCCUGCAGCCCCAUGGUGGAAAGGAGGCUGAUGGGGCAGCGAAGCCCGGUCUCAGAGAGACGCCCCUUGGGGAACUUCACUCCACCCCCCACCUACACUGAGACCUUGUCCACAGCCCCUCUGGCUUCCUGGGUGAGGUCUCCUCCCUCUUAUUCUGCCCUGUACCGCUCCGACCCCAGGUCUUCUCACCUGAAGGGCCAGGCGGUUCCCGCCAGCAAGACGGGCAUCCUGGAGGAGUCGAUGGCCCGCCGGGGCAGCCGCAAAUCCAUGUUCACCUUUGUGGAGAAGCCCAAGGUGACCCCGAAUCCAGACCUGCUGGAUCUGGUACAGACAGCGGAUGAGAAGCGGCGGCAGAGGGACCAAGGGGAGGUGGGCGUGGACGAGGAGCCCUUUGCCCUGGGGGCCGAGGCCUCCAACUUCCAGCAGGAGCCAGCCCCUCGUGACAGAGCCAGCCCGGCGGCGGAGGAGGCACUCCCAGAGUGGGCCUCCUGCCUCAAGUCACCCCGCAUCCAGGCCAAGCCGAAGCCCAAACCCAACCAGAACCUCUCCGAGGCCUCUGGGAAGGGGGCUGAGCUCUACGCACGCCGCCAGUCACGGAUGGAGAAAUACGUCAUCGAGUCUUCAAGCCACACGCCAGAGGUGGCCCGCUGCCCAUCACCCACCAUGUCCCUG